UCCGCCUGCAAGUUCGUCCGCACCAUGUGGGUGACCAAACUUCUGCCAGUCCUGCUGCUGCAGCAUGCCCUCCUCCAUCUCCUUCUGCUUCCCAUCGCCAUCCCCUAUGCAGAAGGACAGAAGAAAAGAAGAAACACACUUCAUGAAUUCAAAAAGUCAGCCAAGACUACUCUAAUUAAAGAAGAUCCACUACUGAAGAUUAAAACCAAGAAACUGAACAGCCCAGACCUAUGUGCCAAUCGAUGUAUUAGGAAUAAAGGACUUCCAUUCACCUGCAAGGCCUUUGUUUUUGAUAAAACAAGAAAACGAUGCCUGUGGUUUCCUUUCAAUAGCAUGUCAAGUGGAGUGAAAAAAGCAUUUGGCCAUGAAUUUGACCUCUAUGAAAACAAAGAUUAUAUUAGAAAUUGCAUCAUUGGUAAAGGAGGCAGCUAUAAAGGAACAGUAUCUAUCACUAAGAGUGGCAUCAAGUGCCAACCCUGGAGUUCCAUGAUACCACAUGAACACAGCUUUUUGCCUUCGAGCUAUCGGGGUAAAGAUCUACAGGAAAACUACUGUCGAAAUCCUCGAGGGGAAGAAGGGGGACCUUGGUGUUUCACAAGCAAUCCAGAGGUACGCUACGAAGUCUGUGACAUUCCUCAGUGUUCAGAAGUGGAAUGCAUGACCUGUAAUGGAGAAAGUUAUCGAGGUCCCAUGGAUCAUACAGAAUCAGGCAAGAUUUGUCAACGUUGGGAUCAUCAGUCUCCACACCGGCACAAAUUCUUACCAGAAAGAUAUCCUGACAAGGGCUUUGAUGAUAAUUAUUGCCGCAAUCCUGAUGGCAAGCCAAGGCCAUGGUGCUAUACUCUUGACCCUGACACCCCCUGGGAGUACUGUGCAAUUAAAAUGUGUGCUCACAGUACUGUGAAUGACACAGAUGUUCCUAUGGAAACAACUGAUUGCAUUCAAGGUCAAGGAGAAGGUUAUCGGGGAAUCAUUAAUACCAUCUGGAAUGGAAUCCCAUGUCAGCGUUGGGAUUCCCAGUAUCCUCACCAGCAUGACAUUACUCCUGAAAAUUUCAAGUGCAAGGACCUAAGAGAAAAUUAUUGCCGAAAUCCAGAUGGGGCUGAGUCACCUUGGUGUUUUACUACUGAUCCAAACAACCGAGUUGGCUACUGUUCCCAAAUUCCAAAAUGUGACGUGUCAAAUGGACAAGAUUGUUAUCGUGGGAAUGGUAAAAAUUAUAUGGGCAGCUUGUCCAAAACACGAUCUGGACUAACAUGCUCAAUGUGGAACAAGAACAUGGAAGACUUACAUAGACACAUCUUCUGGGAACCAGAUGCUAGUAAGCUGAAUAAAAAUUAUUGUCGAAACCCUGACGAAGAUGCCCAUGGUCCCUGGUGUUACACAGGGAAUCCUCUCAUACCUUGGGAUUAUUGCCCUAUUUCUCGUUGUGAGGGUGAUACCACACCCACAAUAGUCAAUUUAGACCAUCCUGUGAUAUCAUGUGCCAAGACAAAACAAUUGCGGGUUGUAAAUGGGAUUCCAACACGAACAAAUGUAGGAUGGAUGGUUAGUUUGAAAUACAGAAAUAAACAUAUCUGUGGAGGAUCAUUGAUAAAGGAAAGUUGGAUUCUUACUGCAAGACAAUGCUUCCCUUCUCGAAAUAAAGACUUGAAAGACUAUGAAGCCUGGCUUGGAAUUCAUGAUGUCCAUGGAAGAGGUGAUGAGAAAAGAAAACAGGUUCUAAAUAUUUCCCAGAUGGUAUAUGGGCCUGAAGGAUCGGAUCUGGUUUUACUGAAGCUUGCCCGACCUGCAAUCCUGGAUGAUUUUGUUAAUACCAUUGAUUUACCUAAUUAUGGAUGCACAAUCCCUGAAAAAACUACUUGCAGUGUUUAUGGUUGGGGUUACACUGGAUUGAUCAACUCUGAUGGUCUAUUACGAGUGGCACAUCUCUAUAUUAUGGGCAAUGAGAAAUGUAGCCAGUAUCAUCAAGGGAAGGUGACUUUGAAUGAAUCUGAAAUAUGUGCUGGGGCUGAAAACACUAAUUCAGGACCAUGUGAGGGGGAUUAUGGUGGCCCACUUGUUUGUGAACAACAUAAAAUGAGAAUGGUCCUUGGUGUCAUUGUUCCUGGUCGUGGAUGUGCCAUUCCUAAUCGCCCUGGUAUUUUUGUCCGAGUAGCAUAUUAUGCAAAAUGGAUACACAAAAUCAUAUUAACCUAUAAGAUAACACAAUCAUAGCUGGCGUGUGGCUGAAGUUUGUUCAACACAACUCUUCUUCACAUGAAGAUAUUCAGAGAAUAUGGAAUUAAAAUGUCAUUUAAGACCAUCCUAAGAAAACUACUUGAGUGUUAAGUUUGUUAAGAUACUCAUUGAUAUUUAUGAGUUUUUCUGU